AUGGAACCGGAAAGCCAGCUAGCAGAAGAGCCUGCAACGGCGCCUCGGCUUGCUAUUCCUGCCACGAAUAUCGUCGCGAUCGAGCAUCCCAGCCCAGUAUACAAUCUAGAGGCUGGUCUCCAGUCCUUUGGGCCGCAACCGAAGUUCGACAAGCUUCUCUUGCCCACGAUAGAGCCGCACGCGCUGCCUCUCUGGUUUCGUCCACACAAUCCGGCAGCAAAACCCAUCACCUCUCACCAUGCAGCCUCGAACAACAUUCUGCUCAGGGUCACUGUCCCACGGCGGACUGGUCGCAAACGGAGGCGUGGUACCGACGAUGAGUUUCAACCAGCCACACCGGCGCCGCCUCGGAGAUCUCAUGUUGGUCGUGUGGGUUCGGCCAACAGGCAAGACAAACCCAAGUCUAUCCUGCGUCGCCUGCAGGACAAUGCCGAGGAAUACCGUGUCGAGGCGGUCGGCAUGAUCCACGACAGUCACCGGUAUCGAGGCCUCGCGGACUUUCAGUUUGCGAACGCGGACAAUCCAUUUCUGGUGAACGUGGCGAAGCACCUUCUCCCACUCGAUCCAACCAAAUAUCGCGCGUUCAAGCUCACUCCAGGCAUGACCUCCAAACCCGGGGACGACAUUAUCCCGCCGCCACAUUUCACGGACCGCACCGUCCCGUUCUUCUAUCAAUACGAGCAGAACCCCUUGGUCAGGAUCGAAGGAACGGAUGCCGAUGGCGAACCACUUUUCGUCAAUGUCCAGGGCAAGAACAUUCUCACGUACAGCCACUUCAUCCCCACAGACCACUUCCCCGUACCCGACAAGCCGAAGCGGCUUGAGACCGACACAGCACCGGUCAAGGACAAUGUGCUCAACGCGAUCAGGAAGGCCUUUGACGAGCGGCCGAUCUGGACGCGCCGGGCACUCAGCAACCGGCUCCGCGGGCUCGUGACCGAGAACCAGAUGAAGGUCGGCAUCCCGCUCGUGGGGUACCAGUUCCGCGGGGGCCCCUGGCGCGACGCCGUCAUCAGGUACGGCAUCGACCCGCGCAGCGACCCCAAGUACCGGAUCUACCAGACGCUGCAGUUCAAGCUCGUCCGUAACGUGGUCGGCCAGACCAAGCUGCCUUGGCAGACGAUCCGCAAGGGCCAGACGAAGCACUACGCGCCCGACAACGUGCUCAGCCACCUGUGGGAUGGCGAGGGCUACAGCACCGACGGCAAGUUCUGGCAGCUCUGCGAUGUGACGGACCCGUUCCUCCGCAGGAUGCUCGACGGCGCCCCCCUGCGGCCAGAAUGCGACCUCGCCGAGUCCGGGUGGUACUACAAGGCCUUCUGGGCCAAGGUCAAGCUCUUCAUGAAGGCAAAGAUGGUGGCCAUCAAGCACGGCCGCAUGGGCAGCGACGCGGCCGACGAGCCCCGCAGGGACAACUACAUCUACAACUCGUACCUCGCCGCGCGCCUGCGCAACAUCCCCGACGACUCGGACGACAAGAUCAACCCGCUCCUCAACCCGCUCCUGUACCCCAUGUCCGAUCUCAAGGGGAUCGCCGGCAAGUGGCGCAACAGCAAGCUGUACCCGGAGGACCGCGGGCGCACAGAAAAGAGCACGAGGAGGUCUGCCCCUGGCACCGCGGCCGCGGCAGGCAGUGUUGCUACUGCUGCUGCUGCGAGUGCUACUGCAGACGACGCCGAGGGCGAUGGUGGUCAUGAUGCCGGUGACGAUGGCGCCGCGUUGCUGGACGACGACGACGAGGUAGACUUUGGCGGACCCGCUGGAGACGAUGGCCCGGAUUGGGAAGAGGAAGUCGCUAGUGGUGGCGACGACGAUGACGACGAGGACGACGACGAUGAGGACCAAGACGAAGAUGAAGAUGAGGAUGAGAAUGACGACAGGGAAGAUGAUGGCAUCGACGACGGCGCUAGUCCAAGUAACCGCGAUGAUGACGAUAAUGUAGUCGAGGACGAUGAUGAUGACCCAGCCGAGCCUGAUGAUGGCAACGAGGACGAGGAUCCAGGAUCGGAUGAUCACGCUGGCGACGAUUCGGACACCGUCAUGGGAUGA